CGUGGCUGCCUGGGUAGUAGUGCUUUUUACGAGGUGUCCUUGAAGGUAGCGUGCCUUGCUUUACUUCCUGUCUUCCGUAAGUUCACGGAAAGCAAAAAGACAAGAGGGCUGCGGUAGUUCUUCGUCUGUUUGCUGACCCAAACAAGGCGGCCUUGAACGCAUCAUGACACAGCAAGAGCAGCAGGAGUUCAAGGAGAGACUGGAGGGGGCGCUCUCGUGGAUGAAGGAUGUCGAGGAGAGGCUGAGGACCAACGACAACACCCAGGGACCCUGGGAUGCCUUGGAAAGCCGACUCAGGGAGACAGAGAAAAUCCACCAAUCAGAGCAGGAAGGUCGUGUGAAGAUGGACAUGGCGUUGGUGGCAGCUGAACACCUCCUGGAGGUGGGAGAUGAAGACCUGAGGACCACCACUCACUCUAAGCUCAAAGAGCUGAAGAUCUGUUGGGAGGAAACAUGUACCUACAUCAUCCACUGUCACAGCCGGAUUGAGUGGGUGUGGCUCCACUGGAGUGAGUACAUGAAAGCUUAUGAGGAGUUCCAAUCGUGGCUGACGAAGCAGCAGUGCAGCUUGGACGUGGCGUUGGAGCUGCAGCUGGGCCUGAAGGAGAAGCUUUGGCACGUGGACCAGCAGAGAGUGGUGCUGAGCGACAUCCACGGUCAAGAGGCGUUGUUGGAAAGGCUGCUGGACGAAGCUGCGGCACUGCACAGCAGAAUCCAGGACCCUUGCGUGGACCCCCAGGCCCAGGGGAGACUGCAGGAGGCCUACAGAGACAUCAGGGGCAGGGCGGAGGAACGUCUGUCGCUGCUUGAGAAGAUAGCGGAGGAGCACCAGACAUACCAAGGCUGCGUGCAGAGGUUUCAGUCCUGGCUGCUGGUAAAAACCAAGGAAGUGACGGAUCUUAUGGAGAGAGAGCAUCCAACAGAGAAGAAACUCCAAGCCUUGCAAGCGUUGGACGACAGCGUAGCCAGUGAGGAAAAAACUCUGCAGUACAUCGAGGGUCUGUCUGAAGGCGUCCGAGCCAACAGCUCCCCUGCUGGAGCAGAGGUGGUCGUGGAAGAGGCUGAGGAGCUCCGUCUGGGUUGGCAGAGACUCAGGCAGGGUCUGUGUGAGGCCGAGGAGGGUCUGCGCUCCAGCCUGGACGCACGCUGCGAGUACGCCGCCCGAUGCCGGCGACUGGGGGAGGACGUCGGAGUCCUCAGGGUACGACUUCAGGGGCUGGCCGGGAAACUGGAGGAGGGGGCUGAUGCUGGAGAUGAGGACCACUCUGUGGAAGAGCUCCAGUGGAGAAAAUACACGGGUGUGAGGGAUUGUGUGGCGAUGGAGGAGUUCCAAGUGGAGCAGCUCAAGUCCCAGCUCAAGCAUCUCUUCCGCUUCUCCGAGGACUCUGGCCACAUCUCUGAUGACGUCCUGGCGGUUGUCAAAGUACACCAGAGUAUGAAAUGCAAAGCGGCAAGAUUGUGCUCCGAAUGGGAGCAUGUCCUGAGAACGUCCCUCCAGGACCCGCUGCUGUCAUUCGGCCAGUGGAGCCACCAAGUGUCUGAGGUUCUGGAAGCUUCUGCCGUGGUCACUGACUUCUCCCACAUUGUCAUGUUGCUCCACACUAUUGAGGUGCUGUUGAAGGACAGUGUUGAACUGCAGGAACGUUUCAAGCGUCUGAAGACAAAGGAGGACCUUCUGGAGUCUGUGUUUGGACCUGAAGGGAGUGCUGGUCUGCAGGCCGAGCUGAGUGUUUCCACCAGGAAUAGAGAACUUCUGCAUGCUCAGCUCCUACAGAGAAAAGGAAGACUCCAGGGCUUCAUUUCGAGAACUAAGGACUUUGGAGAUGCCUCCACGGGGAUAGUCUCCAUGCUGAGCAGCAUACGAGAGAAGAUGAUGGCAGCUGAAGGACUCCAGCCUGACAUCCUGGCUAAGAAAAGUCAGUGGGACCGCUUCAAGGCGAUCCAGAAGGAGCUGGAGGAAUGCGACGCUCACAUUACAUCUCUGGAAACGCUGAUCUCCUCCAGUCAGAGCAACAGGACUGAGUUUGAGAAGAUCUCUGCCGACUGGAAACAUCUUUGCAAGAGUGUCAGGGUCAGGUUGCACGAGAGCGAGGAGAGCAUCGCAGAGCAUGAGCGUUUCCAUGAGAGCCUGCUGAACGUGGAGAAAUGCUUGAUGGUCAUGAAGCAGAAGAUGGAGUCCUUUAAGAGUGCCACAGGAGACUGGAGCGUUGAAGGGCGCCAGCAUGAGGCGGAGAAAGUCCUGGCAGAGUUUCCGGAGAAAGAGUUGCAGCUCCAGCAGAUGGAAGUCCAGGGUCAGAAGGUUUUAUGCAGGACGUCACAGGAAGGAGGUGUCCAUAUUCUUGGAGAUAUGAAGCGUCUCCAGGAGGCCUGGCUGUCCUUACGUAACAUGAGUGUAAACAUUGACAGGCUGCUGAGCGGUUCCGCUGAGCAUUUGGACUCACCCGUUUGGAAAGCCAGCACAGACCGGACUCAAGUCAGCAUGGAGGAGGUGGAUGCUGGGUCUCAUGCUGAAGAACAACAGCGUGAGCAUCUCCAACUCUCAGUAAAGUACAGCCACCAUGCCGGAGAUGGAGAUGGUUCAUCUGCUUUGAGCCUUGUUCUUCCAGUCGCUCGGCAAGCUUCCACGAAGGAACAUGUCUCGGGAAGGAUAGGCUCUAGCGGCUUUGAAUCAAAGAACAUGAUGGACUCAGAAGAAGCUUGGAUGAUUAAAGAGGACGCUAUCAAGCUCCUCACACCAGACGCCACUCAAGGCACAAUGAAGGACGCAGAUCCAUCGGAGUCCAGGAGGAGGCAGUUUGAGGCUUGGCUAUGCAGAGAGAACCAACUCCUCAUGGGCAUCCUCAGCACCAAGAGAGGAACCUUGAAGAGCAACCAGGUCAAGAUGCAGCAGGACACACUGAAGGCUCUGAGGGCAGGGCUGCCUUGGGGUGAGGAGCAGUUCCACCUUCUGCUGCAGGAGAGUAAAGACACUUCUUCACAAGAUGCCGCUUUUGAGGAACUACGUUACCGCUGGAUUCUCUACAAGUCCAAGCUAAGUGAUGUCCCUGUCCUCCGCACCAGGAUGGCCUCCAAGAGAGUUCCAGCCAAGCAGAAGGACCUGGCUGCUAAACCAACAAAGUGGGCGUGGCUGCAGCGAGCAUGUGGGCUGGCACUUCCUGUGUGGCUCCUCCUCCUGGCGUUGUUGCUGCUGGCCUUCCUGCUGCCCAUCAUGGACCAAGACAGCAGCUGCUCUCUCUACAACAACUUUGCAAGGUCAUUCAAUGUCAUGCUGCGCUACUCUGGACCGCCACCUACUUAGUCAAAUACGCGGUACAUACUAUACUCUACUGCAAUAUCUACAGUGUGUAUAUAUACCGUUAUACGGUACGGGAAGUCCAUUUACAAUACUGUAUGGGAAGUCUGAAUAUACUAUAAUAGUCUUUAUAUACUGUAUGCUAUCAUAGUGUAUAUGUACUAUCAUAGUGUAGGGGAAGUCCAUAUAUACUAUCAUAGUAUGUAUUAUAUACUGUAUACUAUCAUGGUCUUUAUAUAUGCUGCCAUAGUGUAGGGAAAUCUAUAUAUACUGUAUGCUAUCAUAGUGUAUACAUACUAUCAUAGUGUAGGGAAGUCUAUAUAUACCGUAUACUAUUAUAGUAUAUAUAUACUAUCAUAGUGUAAGGGAAGCCUAUAUACUUUAUACUAUCACAGUGUGUACUAUAUACUGUAUACUACCAUAGUCUUUAUAUAUACUAUCAUAGUGUAGGGAAGUCUAUAUAUACUGUAUACUAUCAUAGUCUUUAUAUAUACUAUCAUAGUAUAGGGAAGUCUAUAUAUACUGUAUACUAUCAUAGUGUGUAUAUACUGUAUACUAUCACAGUGUAUAGUAUAUACUGUCAUAGCGUAGGGGAAGUCCAUAUAUACCAUCACAGUGUGUAUUAUAUACUGUAUACUACCAUGGUGUUUAUAUAUACUAGCAUAGUGUAGGGAAGUCUAUAUAUACUGUAUACUAUCAUAGUAUGUAUAUACUGUAUACUACCAUAGUCUUUAUAUAUACUAUCAUAGUGUAGGGAAGUCUAUAUAUACCGUAUACUAUCAUAGUGUAUAUAUACUAUCAUAGUGUAGGGAAGUCUAUAUAUAUAUAUACUGUAUACUACCAUAGUCUUUAUAUAUACUACCACAGUAUAGGGAGGUCUAUAUAUACUGUAUACUAUCAUAUUAUGUAUAUACUGUAUACUAUCAUAGUGUAUAGUAUAUACUAUCAUAGUGUAGGGGAAAUCCAUAUGUACUAUCAUAGUGUGUAUUAUAUACUGUAUACUACCAUGGUCUUUAUAUAUACUAGCAUAGUGUAGGGAAGUCUAUAUAUGCUGUAUACUAUCAUAGUGUGUAUAUACUGUAUACUAUCAUAGUGUAGGGGAAGCCUAUAUACUUUAUACUAUCAGUGUGUGUGUGUGUAUAUAUACUAUAUAUGUAUAUAUAUGUAUACUAUAUAUAUAUAUCUACUAUGGUCAUUAUAUAUAUAUGGAACUAUGGGUUAGUGUUGGUGGUUGGGAAUGGAGAUAUUGUAAAGUUCCAAUGGUGAAUUAUCUCCAAAGUCUCUGUUUUCUUGAUAUUUGUGGAGUGGACCUCACAACGACCUCACCUUUUCUACAUGUCACCUUUCCUACAACCUUUUCUACAUGUCACCUUUCCUACAACCUUUUCCAACAAAUCCAUAUAGGAAACAUCAAGCUAAUCAUCUCCAUGUACUGUAUACACACGUGUCUAUAUAAUAUGCAGUAUGUCAUGGUAUGGUACUUGUACUUGUUCUGGCGCACGCCCACACUGUUGUCAGUCUGAGCUUCCUGCCAGGAGGAUGGUGGGCAACCAUCUGGACGUUUCACGCUGCCAAAAUAAGAGUAUCUACACAACAUUCAUGGACUGUAAAACAAUAAAUGACGACAAUAAACAAUAAAAUAUGAGGCAGACAUAA